AUGUUACAGUCUCUCAUUGACUUCCAUGCAGAAGCCUGCAGUGAACAAAAAACCCCCAAAUGUGUGAGAGGAGUGUGUAUGGGGAAAAAUGACUACAGACGUUCAGGCAAUGCAUUGCGACAGGCGGUGAAAGCGGGCAGCUGGCAUCAGGGGCUGAAUCUGGCUCUUUUCCCUUCCAACAAUUUUUUUUAUCAAUGUCUCCUCAGGACCAAUGAUCAGCUGGUGGCCUUCCUGUCCAAAUACAGAGAUAUGAAUUUCAUCAAGUCCCACGGGAGAGAUAACGCUCGAUUCAUCAGAAAACAAGGUUUGGACCGGCUGUUCUUCGAGUGUGACACCCAUAUGUGGCGACUUGGAGACAGGAAAAUUCCAGAAGGCAUAUCCGUGGAUGGAGGCUCUGACUGGUUUCUGCUCAACCGAAUGUUUGUGGAGUAUGUCAUCAACUCUCAAGAUGACCUCGUGACCAACAUGAAACGUUUCUACGCAUACACACUCUUACCUGCGGAGUCGUUCUUCCACACGGUCCUGGAGAACAGUCCGCACUGUGAGAGCAUGGUGGACAACAACCUCCGCAUCACUAACUGGAAUCGAAAGCUGGGCUGCAAGUGUCAAUACAAGCACAUCGUGGACUGGUGCGGCUGCUCGCCCAACGACUUCAAGCCCUCCGACCUGCCCCGUUUCCAGGUGAGCGUCUCCAAAACCACCAGACCCACAUUCUUCGCAAGGAAAUUUGAAGCCAGUGUAAAUCAAGAGAUUGUGAAUCAGCGGCGCUUCCUGUUCGGGAGCAUGCCCCAGGGCACGCCGGGUCUCAAGGCCUACUGGGAGAAUGUUUUUGAUGAAGCGGAUGGUAUUCACAGCCUGUCCGACUCACAUCUCACUCACUAUCAUGCCUUCGCCCGAUUGGGUCUGGCACGGACUGCCAACUCCUUACAGGGCGACACCAGUGACAACAGCUGCAGGUAUUUUGCCAUGGGACAUCCUGUGUCUGUCCAUACCUACUUCCUGUCUGAUGAAUUCCAGGGAUACCUGGUCAGGCAUCAUGCCACCAACCUGGCAACCAGUAAACUGGAAACCCUGGAGACCUGGGUCAUGCCCAAACAGUUCUUCAAGUUCACCAAUCCACCCAAUACCUUCAACAGGCUGCAGUUUGCAGAGAUUGGAACAGACUGGGACGCUAAGGAAAGGAUAUUCCGGAACUUCGGGAAUCUGAUGGGACCCAUGGACGAGUCUGUGGGCAUGCAGAAAUGGGGGAAGGGCUCAAACGUGACCGUGACCGUGGUGUGGAUUGACCCCACCAAUGUCAUCGCCGCCACCUACGACAUCCUGAUCGACGCCAGUGCUGAGUUCACUCACUACAGGCCUCCUCUGAACCUGCCCCUGCGGCCCGGCAUGUGGACCGUACGUGUGCUGCACCACUAGCCCGUGGCAGACACACGCUUCCUCAUCACUCCCCUCACCCACCACAAACACCUGCCUAUACGCCACGAGGAUGCUUUAAGAACGCUGCUGUGGGCGGCCAAGAACAGCUACAUGGAGCAGAGCUUCCACGGCCUGAACCCCAUCCUGAACAUCCCGGUGCACCUGGGUCAGGUGGAAGCGGCCGAACACAACGCAGAGCUGACGGGGUCCGAGCUGGAGCGCUGGGUGGACAGUCUGGUGGGCGAGGUGUGGUCGGCUGUGGACGUGUGUUCAACGGGCCCCAGUGGCUGUCCCGUCAUGCAGACUUGCAGAGAAACGCUGUGGAGCUCUCUCAGCCCGGACCCAAAGUCCCAGCUGGGCCACACCAAAACCAACGGAUUUAAUCAGCGCACCCAGCUACCGGAAACAUUGGGUGUUCCUCCAGCAUCGUGGGACGAUCGACGCUUCGGCUGGGGACCAGGAAUAUUCAGAGAUUGUGAUCUGGGAACGGGAAGAAGGGAUCCUCAGUAUAGCGAGUUUUCCAACCGCACGGCCCGCUCUACACGGUUAUGUGACACUCCACUUCUCCAAAGCAGACAGCAGGAUCAAGCGGCGCAGGCUAACCACAGACCCCAUUGA